UGGUCGAGCUGUGUGGUUGAAUUGCGGAGGAAGCCGAGUCAGGACAUUCCCUAUUCAUACUAAUUAUGUGAAAAUGAAUAAUUAAUUGGGUGAUAAUUGUCGGCUUGAUUGCAUGCAAUGUAAACACCGAAAAAUAGUCGCAAAAUCGCAAACGGUCAAUAUUCCAGUGCGCUCAAUUACGAACCGAUUUCAACUCAAUUUCGAGUUUCGGUAACGAAACGUUCAAACAAACGAAUCGAAUCGAAUCGAAUCCACAUAUCAAACUAAUUGCAAUCGAAUUUAAAUAACGUUCAAUUAAAAGCAUGGUUCGCAAAGUCAAACCCAUAAUCACGCCAUAUUUGCCCGUGUAAAGUGUGUGAAAGUGUUUAGCGAGGAGGGAAAGGGAGAAAGGGCUCCGAUUCAACACCAAUCAAUUAAUUGGGAUCCCGAAGGGGGUGCGUAAGUUCGUUUGCCGUGCAAUUCGUUAAUUAAUCGGAUGCAGUGCAUUAGCACAAACUGGAGCGUUAAGUCUGACUCAUUAUGUUUGAUCCGAACGAACUGCUGACUUCGUUGGUGUGGGUUUAAAGGUUGGGAAAGUUAUACACGAGCUAACACACAAAACUCCAUUCUGGUAGGUAUUCUGGUAUUUCAACAAUAAUUUGGGCGCCAGUAAGUAUGCAACACUCAGUUACUUACUGCAUCUUUGAAAGUGACGCCUAUGAGAAUGCACUCAACUUUGGAUUUCGUUGAGAUUUGCUUUGUACUAGCCAAGUACCACUUCACCCUUGAGUUGAACAACCAUUAUCGAACUUCUUUUAUUAUCCACCGUACCGUUAGUAACGCGAAUAACUCCACUCUAAGCCGUUCUGAAAGCCUUUUACUCGGCGUGACCCAAUGCAUUGACCUCUGCCACCUCGCUCCGUAAUACUCCGCCUGUUAUCAUUGAACGGCUUUCACUAAUAUCUUUCUAACAAGCAGAGAAAUGGCUACAAUAAUAGGGAGAUAAUAGCCGACAACAAGUCCACACAGUGCGUAUCGAGUUGCCUUCGAAAGCUUGGCCAGCACAGCCGAGCGCCUUGACUCGUGUCCACUUGGCUAACAUAAUCGCACAUGCGGUCACAUACAGAUGGAGAUGGCACAUACGCACAUACACACGUAUGCGAACGAGCUGGGACGCAGUGCAUCGGCGUAUCGAGUUUUAAUGACCCACUUUCCAGCUCAAGACUGUUUAGGUUCGGCGAGCCAUCUGUAUUGGUUUGGUCUAAUUCGGAAAGUCCCCUGGCAGAGCAAUUAGUAUGGCCAUUGGCCAGCAUGAAUGGGCGAUAAAGGCGGCAAACGGCGAACGUGGUAUUGUCAAGGAAAACAAAUGAGUUGGGUUUGCAACGGCCACUUGAGGGGCUUCUGCCCGGGUGUCCGUACUGCUCCGGGCCCGAAAGAGAUGUCUGCCCCCAGAACCGAAAAAUAGAAAAGAGAAAGCACUGAAAGAGUGAUUUUGCAGUCUGUGAAAGUCAUUACCCAUUGAUAUGUGCACCGCAGGAGGUGAAAGAGAGACCCUUUGGCUAGCUAGUUUGCUCGAUUUUCAGCUCGAUUGUGUGUUGACAGCAUUGGAAAGGGCAAAGACAGCACAAGAUUGCAACAAAGCGAAAGCUGAAAUGAAAAUUAAUAGAAUUAAGAGGUGAAGAAUUCAAUUCACGGCGACAUUCACGGACGCCACUUAAAUGGAACAGAACCUUGGCGGGAAUUCAGUUCCCGCCCACGCUGCGUAUGCUUAAUAAAGCUAACCAAGCUGUUUUCAAAAGUAAAGAUAUCAAUGAAAUAUAUAAAUAUUUAUAUGAUGUUUUAUUGGGCUUUUGUUCCUUAGUAUGUGACAUAUAGCUGGCCAAACACAUUUUACUAUCCUGAUAGAAAAGCAUUACAGAAUGUGUAGCAUACGCGGCGUAUACGUAACUUGAUGAUGAUUACUUACAGACCGCUCCUAGUUUCCCAACAAUGGGGUCAGGUCACUUUCUAUUUAAUAAACAAAAUUUAGAUCCCACACAAACAAUUUGUGUGGGAAAUAUGUGAGAAUUCCCCACGAAGCUGCAAUAUUCAUUAAUUUGGCAAAUGUCACAUAAUCUUCGUGAGUUACUAGGGGCCCGGCUAGUUACUUGGGUGUUUUUGAGACCCGAGCGUAGGAACAUACAUAUGAAUGCAUAAUUGGAACAUAAAAUUCCGGGAAUAUUUUACAGCAUUCUCCGGGGCCCCAUGUGAGUGUUUGGUUUUUGUUUGGCCCGAUACGGCUGAGCUCCACUCUGCCCCUCCGCCCCUCCGCCUCUCCGCCCACCCGCGCUCUUCCCGACUAUUCAUGGCCAUGCCUGUUCCGCAUUAAUUCAUUCGCAGGGCGGAGAACCAAGCCAUCCGGCCGAAGAUGGACCAGCGCAAUCUAACACUGCCAACGCCAGCCGCAACAACAAUUAUGUCCUCGUCAUCCGCAGCGAUGUCGGCGGGCUUCGCAACCCUUGGAGGACCCACCACGGCCGCCCUGGCCGGAUCCACAAUAGCAUUAGCCACAACAACAACGGCGCCGCCAACAACGACGCCAGCCACAUUUUUUACCUACAGCAUACCAGGCAUGGACAUUGCGCCCGGACCAUUUAUAUUCACCUACGUUAGUGAAUUUUUAUCGCUUAUCACGCCCGAGGAAUUGCCGCUGGAUUCCAUACGCGAUGUUCUACACAAAAAUACCAGCCUGAUGGACUUCGCCUCCAAUGCCAUUAAAAUCGAGUCCGGCUUCAUUGCCCUGAUGAGCGUGUUCGCCAUCCUGGCCCUGGUUCCCCUGAUUGCCACGUGCGCCUGGUGCUGCGGUCGUCGCUCCACCCAGGAGGAGGUGGACCACAUACGGAAUGCACCCUGUCACAUCCGGGACGAGUCGCUGGAGGAGAGCUUGCGGUGUCGCAAGAGCGCCGGGCUGGUCACCCUGUGGGUCGUCUUCAUCCUGCUGACGCUGAGCGACUUCAGCAUAUUUUACGCCAACAGUCGCUUGUCCGCCGGAAUAGAGAUGACGCCCGAGAUGGUCAAGUCAGCCGUGCACGACGUGGAGGUCUUCCUGAAGGACACGCAUCUACAAAUCAAGCAAAAACUGGAUAAUGGCUUUCACGUUUCCGUGGAGCGGGUCGUCAAAGACCUGGAAGACGUGGAUGUUCUCCUUGGCGAGCCGAUUCAAGCGGAAAUAUCCGCACACACUGGCCUUGAGCUGGCGUAUGAUUCACUGACGACGCUUAGCCUGGCGAACGCGGAGCUCAUCUACCGCGUGCUCAUGCUGCAGGAGACGGUGGGCAGGGCCCUGAAGCUCUCCCAGGAGGCGGCCGCCAGGAUGGAGGAGCUGCAGAUCCAGCUGUCCGUGCUGCAGCGCCAGUGCACGUACCGCGACCGCCCGCUCUGCGACACGUUGCGUAUACGCAGCUUCGAGGAGAACGGCGUCGUCGACGCCCUGAAAACUGUGAGUCCUUGUCAGUCUGCGCCGCUCCAUUGUGCUCCUCCUUGGACACCCGAGGAUACUCUUGCAGAAAGUGGGAAAAUAUGCAAUAUUCAUGGAGAUCACGUGUUAAUAAAAGUGAUUGAAAGCUGUUCAAAAGAUUGCUUCAAUAUGUGUUGCUUGUUUAAAAGACCUUCAUUAGUAUCCCGAGUGCUCUGCAAGGGUAUUCCGCAGACUGCGUUUCCCCAAAGCCAGUCUUCGUUCCUAGUUGAACGUAUAAAUAAUUUGUACUCCGACUUCCUCUCCUCCUACCCGUUUUCCUUGGACCUCACUGUUUUUCUAAUUCCAACCGCCAUAUCUCAUUUCCUGGACAACGGCACGACGACAUCGCCGACAAUUUGUCAGCUGCAAGAGGACCAGAGCAUCUUCCGUAUGCGCUACUUGGGCGAAAUUGAAUUCGGUGCCACUGUCAAAAAUCUGACAUCGGAAGUUGGCGUGUCACGUUCCAUUUUCAGCAAUUUCCCGCAACAAGUUAAACAUGACACGGCUUAUGAGCGGAACUAUACAUUGGAGCAGUUGGCCAGCAUUCGCCACCGGACGACUGCCAAUGCCCAGCAGCUGACCUCUACGGUAAAUGGACUGCUCCGGCGGCUGGAGGACACAUGGUCAUCCCUGGAGCCCGCCUACAACGAGCUGAAGGAGUGGGCGGACGCCUACUGGAGUGUGGGCUGGAUUGCCGGGACGGUGAUAGUCUGGGUAAUGCUCUUCAUGCUGAUGUCCUACUGCUGCUUCCUCUGCGAGUCGAAUGCCAAGUCCGGCGUGGUCUUCUUCAUCGCCGUGAUGCUCAUCUGCUUGGCCAGCAUUUGUCUCACCAUUUUCGGGGUGUUCUCCCUGGCCGUGGGCGGCAAUGCCGAGGUCUUUGUCUGCCGAUCUCUCUACGACGACGACUACAACAUGCUGGGUAAGCUGCUGGACAAGCCGGGUUACGCAUACGCCCGGGAGCCCCAGACCGGCAUCAUCGGGGAGCUACUGCGUCCUGUCGGCGUCAAUCGGUCGGUGGUCAACGUGGGUCUGGGCCAGGCCCUCAGGGGCUGCGAGCAAAAUCAAGCAUCGUACAAUGUCUUUCAAUUGGAUGCGUUCGUGAACACCAGCAAAAUCUCCGACCUGAGGCAGUUCCCCAAGGUGUCCACCGCCAUCGAUGCCAUCUCCGUGUCCGGCCGCACGCUCCUCUCGCUCACGCAAUCCGUGCAGAACAUUUUGGAGAACAUGCUGCAGACGUCCUCGUUCAAUUUGACCACGUACCGCAGUAGCGUGGGUGCGCCCACGCCCGAAAAGGAUUUGGCCACGUUCAUUGAUCAGAUGCAGCGGGUGGCCUUGCAGAUUCAGGACGUGGCCACCUCCUCGCGCAUGACCACUCUGGGCAGCCGCUCCAAGCGGCUGCAGGCCUCGAUUCUCCAGCCGCUGGAGAACCUGCAGAACGAGAUUCUCUACCACCUGACGGCGCUGGAGCUGCAGCGCGAUCCGUGGGCCAAGCAGGUCAACCAGACCCUGAACCACCUCAAGAGCAUCCAGAGCUACCUGGAGAACAAGGCCGGCGAGAUUUGCCACAACAUGACGCGGGAUUACACGGAUCGCUUGAAGGCCUACUUGACCACCAGUAAGGCAACCAUGGAGUCCCAGCUGGGCGACACCACGACCAAGUGCCGACCCUUCUACGACACCUUCGACGCCAGCCGCACCUUCCUCUGCCGCAACAUGGUGGACUUCAUCAACGGCCUCACCUUCUUCAUCUUCCUUACACUGCUCCUCUGGGCUAUCGGCACUCCGGUGGGCCUCAACCUGAUCACGGUCCAAACGCGGCUGAAUGUGAUGCAGGCGGCUCAGGCGCGCAGCAAGGGCAGGCACAGGAGGAGCGACCGGAGUCCGGAGCAUGAGCAGAGGAGCGGAAGUCGCGGCCGGAAGAAGCAACGGACGAGCAGUUCGGCGACCAGCGGGCGGAGCGGAAAGAGGGACCAGAGCCGGGAGAGGAGCACCAGCAGCACGGCGAGACCGAAACCUCCUUUAAGACGGACUGCCACAGAAGAAACCCUUGAUCUGGCAGACGAAGACUCCACCCCAUCGAGACAACAGCUGCAGCAGCAGCCGCCGCCACAGCGACGCCAGGAAUCGGACAGGGAGCGGGUGCGGGAGCGGGAUCAGCGAAGUCGGGAGCGGGAAUUGAGCAGGGGCCGCGACGCGUCCGCCAUGAACACGCCGGUGCGCAGCCGCAGUCGCCAGCAACUGCGCCACGACCCCGAGGAUGACAAUUGGGGCUCGUCCAGCGGACCCAGUAGGGCCAACUCCCGAGAGCGAGAUCGCGAGAGCAGUCAGACUAGAAAGAUACUCAAUAUUUGGCAGUCGCGCAAUAAGGUCAAGACGCCCCUUCGCCGUCAAGGCACUGAGGAGUUCGACUUUGAGGAUGCCCACGAAGACAGGGGCUGGCAAGCCCAGUCCCAAAACCAGGUUCAGAACCAAAGCCACGCUCAUAACCAGUCCAGUGUCAGUCCCGAACAAAGGCCCGAUCCGCGCAGCCAUCGCUCCAAUCUCCGUACUAAGCCCAAGUUACGUAGUACCAAUGCGGAUAGAGCUAGCAGUGAAGCGGUCCGGCGACCCAUAACUCCCGUGCUCAGCGUAAAUCCGGACAUUCCGGCCGCCAUUCCGAUGCCCCGGACGCCGAUGCGUCUCAAGAGCAAGGUGUCGUUGACCGCCCGAGCUGUGCAGGACAUUGUCAACAAGCGGAAUCAGCGCCUCCAACGCACCGGCACCGAUGAAUUCGACUUGGACGACAGCGAUGCAUACGGUGCUGGAGGCCACUUGGAUGCGGACGUGGCGGCCGCGCGACGCACGCCGCCCAGGGGCGCACCUCCGCCCCCUCCUCCGCCAGCGGCCGGCUUGAACAGCGACAAAGUCUAUAUAUUCUGAACUUGCUUUUUCUCCCCGCAACUCCACCGAUCCGACAACAUUCAGUAGUGAUCGCACGGUGCGCUG